AUGCUUUCCAAGACUAUUAUUUCUCUCCUCAUUGGGGCAGUAAGCUUUGUGCAAGCUUCUCCUGUACCAGAUACCUUGAACGAGAAACGCACUUGCGGAACCCAGCUUUUCCCAAAUCAACUCGUACAACUCUCCCAAGCAAAUUCCAAUACCGCGUAUCCAAACACAUGGAAUACGGACAAAUCCGUCAAGAUCAGUCAAGAUAUUGAUGGGAAUGGCAAUCCUACCAACCAGUUCUGGGAACUAAUUUCGUUUCCCGCGCUCCCAGCCGGAUCCUACGGUUGUUCACUCACCCUCACUUUCCCUUCCGAUUACCCACCAACCAUUACUGGUGUAUCCCCAGCCCUCAAUGUCUACACUGCUUCUACACCUCUUCCCGAUACUCCAACAUUCAACAAUAUCAGUCCUAAAAUCAAUACUGGGAUUUUUGGUACUGUUACUCCUGCUGGUGGACACAGUGUUGUGAUUAAUUCUGGGAAUUGUAAUGGAGGUAGUGGACAGGGAUUAGCUUUUGUAUUUAGAUAUGCGGAUUGGGUUCGUGGACAGGGAAGUGUGAGUUGGACUGAGUAUGUUAAUGCUUUGAAUGGAGCGGGUGCUAGGGGUGUUUAUUUGAAUUAUAAUUGUUAG